AUGGCGGCUGAGUCAACCCAAGGAGACACUCACGACGAAGCGUGGAAGAAAGCGGAGAAGAAGUUUACACAUAAACAUGCUAGCGAGUACUACGACCCAUGCCAAGACUUCGCGGAUCGGAGUCUUAAAUGUAUGAAACGGAAUGCCUUUGAGCGCGAAAUGUGCCAUGAUUAUUUCCAAGCUUAUCGUGAUUGCAAAAAGAACUGGAACUUUUCCGUUAACACCUCAAUCACCUGUCUUGUGCAGAUUUUGCAUCCUACCCGCGAGAUCCCUCGACUUUGA